AUGGUCGCAGAUAUAAGGAAAAUCAAAAAUCAUUUGCACUUGCAUUAUAUUAUAACUCCCCUAAGGCUACAAUGGAUAGAUGAUUCUUGUGGGAUAAACUCAAAUGUUCUUGAUGUCUUAAAAAUAAAGUUUAAAGAUGUUCCACCAAGUGAAAAGCUGAUAUCGAUUAUAAUGGAUGAGAUGUCACUAAAAAAGUUGAAUUCUUAUAACUCUCAAAAUGAUCAAUUUAGUGGUUAUGAAGACUUUGGUAAAGAUCAUGAGUUUGUUGAUAUGAAAAUGAAUCGCAUCUGUGACCAAGCAUUAGUUGUUAUGAUUAAAGGUAUAGUUAAACCCUGGAAACAAAUACUAGGAUAUUAUUUUUCUAAAGGACCAGUAUCUGGCUUUAGACUUAAAAACAUUAUUACUGAUGUUAUCAAUAAAGUUAAAGAUGCUGGUUUUAUUCCAAAAGUUAUUUUAUGUGACCAAGGUACAAAUAAUAUUGGUAUGAGAAAUGUAUUUGGAGCCACACAAACACAACCAUUCAUCAACUUCAAUGGCGAAAACAUUUAUUUCUUUUAUAACAGUCCUCAUUUAAUUAAAUCAGUGAGAAAUAAUCUAAAAAAAUACAAUUUCAGUUAUGACAAUGAUUCUUGUAGUUUGCCAGAUUUAGCAGAUUUUUAUAAUUUAGACAAAAACAAAAAGCCAAGGUUAGCUCCUCGAUUAAAUAAAAUUCACAUGGAUCUACCACCAUUCUCACCAAUGCGUGUUUGUUUGGCAACCCAAACAUUAAGCCAUUCUGUUAGUUCUGGUAUGAUGACUUUAAUUUCACUGAAUGAAAUGAAACGUUCAGCUAUACAUACAGCAAGUGAGGCAAAAACAUUAAGAAAGCCAUUAACUAAAACUUCUGAUCAUUGGAAUUUUUUGAAUGAAGCAGAACAGGUAUUAGGAAAACAUAAAGUUCACAAUAGAACUGGUAAAUUAGCACCGUGUAUAGUAGGUUGGAAAGAAAAUAUUACUGCCUUGAAAUUGUUAUUUAACAAAUUAAAUGCAAAGUACAAAAUAGAUUUCUUACUAACAAGAAGAUUAACACAAGACUGCAUAGAAAAUGUGUUCUCAGUAGUAAGGGCAAAAGGAGAUAAUAAUGUCUCACCUGACGCCACAAAAUUUCAUUCAGCAAUCCGUAUGUGUAUGUACAAUACUUUAUUAGAACCUUCCAAAAGUGGAAAUUGUGAAUCUGAAUGUGAUGCAGUUUAG